AUGGAAAGUUUAUGUGAUAUGUUUGCAGCAAUGAAUACUUCUCAGGAGGUGCCAAAUGACGUGGUUGUGAAUGAAGUAUCCGUUUCGAGGGAUUUGAAUGUUUCCUUUGAAGUAAAGAAUGUUUAUGAUUUGAUGAAUGCUGUGUUUUUCGAAGCGGUUGUUUGUGAAAUUCAGAGACUAUUGAAGGAGAAAUGUUCCAGCUGUGAAGUCGAUCAUCCGGGUCAGAGGAGACACAACUGUAUUAUGUUGUCAGAUGAGGAGGGAUGGUUACUGCAUGGUUUGAAAGCAGUGGAGCGUGUGAUUGAGCGUAGAAUUUUGAGGAAACAGUUUCUUGAAGCUAUUCGAGUGAUGAGAUUGGAAUAUUACGGCCAUGCAACAGAACAUUAUGCGAACUUAAAAAAAGAUUGUGAAGUAACACUUGAUUUUUUGGGGGAUUUGAGAGGAAGUUUUUCUGUUCAUCAACCCAUUUUGAACUACCUAAUGUAUUGGAGCGAAGAACAACAUUGUGCAUAA